GGAACAGAAGAAGCUCAGGAGAAUGGGCAGCCAAUUGUGGCUGACUUCCUCGCAGAGGAGAGAAGUAGGCUUCAUGAAACGAUGUCACUCUUGGGACUGGAGACAUACUGUAACAGGAAACUCAGCCUCCAGGAUGCCCGGCAGAUCAGCUUUGACAGUAUGAAGAACUGGGCACCCCAGGUGCCUACCGACUUGCCUUGGAGCUUCCUGCGAAAGCUGUUGGCUCUUAACUCGGAAGUCCGAAACACUACCCUGCUAUCAGACUUGCCCCAGGAUGACAGGACAGGUGAGAAGGAAACACAAGUGGACGAGCAAGAAAUAUACUGGGGUACCUCCGAGGAUAUUUAUUCUCUUACGGAGCUGGCCACGACCCCCGACGUGCCGCUGAAUCCCUUGGACCUCCUCUGUGCGCUUCUUCUUUGCUCCGACAGCUUCCUGCAGCAGGAGCUGCUGGUCAAGAUGUCCCUUUGCCAGUUUGCCCUCCCUGUAGUCCUGCCCGACUCAGAGAACCAAAACCACACCUUCCUGCUGUGGGCCCUGCGGCGGGUAAUGAGGACGUGGUGGUGGCAAUCCCCAGGGGGAUCCAGGACUUCGAGAGAGGAGAGUUUGGUGCUCACGAGGGUACCGAUCAUCUCCUUCGCACGCAUGGACAUCAGUAGCCACUCGAAGUCUCACCUCCUCAAUGCCGUCAUGAGCUCCUGUCACCACCAGCCUCACGACUACUUCUGCCACCGGGAGAUGCCAUCCGCAGCCAAUGCUCGGGAGAUUGCGGACGGGUUGGUGGAGAUGUCCUGGUACUCUCCCAGCGGUGGUGGCGGCAGCAGCAAAGAGAACUUGGACGUCUUCCCAGAACCCGUAGCCUUUGCCAACCUGAGAGGCGAGAUAGGAAGUCACUGGCAGCAGUUUAAGCUUCUGACGGAGACGUCCUCCGCCGUUUUCAUAUUAACUGACAACAUAGGUCAAAAGGAGUAUGAGCUGCUCUGCUCCCUGAGUGGGUCCACCACGCGCUAUUACCUCAUCCUGAGCCCCUACCGCGGCAAACGCAACGCCAACCUGAGGUUCCUGAACAAACUGGUCUCCGUCCUUCAAAUGGACUACUCGCACGUCCUGGUGAAGGUCAGCAGCACAGAUAGCAAACGCCUGGUCAGGAGGCUCCAGGCCAUCGUGGCCAACGUCAUCAAAUCGGCAAGUAGGAAGGUGUCCCUGGAGGACAUGGCAGAAACCGCCAGGACCCUGGGGCUCAAGGUGGACGAGGACUGUGAGGAGUGCCAGAAGGCGCGAGAGCGGGUGGAGAAGAUCACUCAGGACAUCCACGACGUGGAGCUCUACAAAAGGGAGAAGCUCAGGCUGCAAGGGGACCCUUGGAGAAACAUCGCUCAAGUGGAGAAGGAGCUUUGUCGGCUGCAGCGGGCGGGGGACUCUUCGCCCGAAAAAUACAAAUCAGAGCUCCGGCAGCGCCUGCUGGCCUUAAGGAUGCACCAGAACCGCUACGAGCUGGGGUGGGCCAUGCAGGAGUUUAUUAAGGGAAUUGCCAAUCCUUCCCUCGUGGAGAAGCAGUACUUCCUGGGCUGGAUGAAGCUGAAGCUGGAGGAGAUGGCCCGGCAGAGAUGGAGACAGUCACCCGAAGCCCUUGCUCCGCUGGGACCAAAGCACAGCAGGCCGGCAGAAUUCCGGGAGCAGUUCUGGCCCGCCCCCUUAGGGGUGGAGCACUUCUUGAGGGAAAUGGGGCAGUUUUAUGAGGCAGAAUGCUACCUCGUGGAGGCGGGGAAGAUGGCGGAAAACCAAAAGCGCUUCACGCACUUUGUGGGCCUGGCCUCGGAGCUGGUCCUCGGCGGCUUUCCUCUGGAACUGAUGGAUCGAGGCACGUGCUGCGUCCCCUUGCGGUGGGUGACGGGCAUCCUGAGGGAGCUCCACGCUCGGCUGGAGGGCAGACCCCGCCUGCUGGUGCUCUCGGUGCUGGGCACGGAGGGCACGGGGAAAUCCACUCUGCUCAAUACCAUGUUUGGGCUCCAGUUCGCCACGGGCAGGAGCUGCAAGCCCCACGGUACUUUCAUGCAGCUCAUUUCCGUGACGGAGGACUUCCGUCAGGACCUGGGCUGCGACUUCAUUCUGGUCAUUGACUCGGGAGGCUUGACAGGCGGGGUCACGGCCGCCCGGGGGGAAAGGUACGAGCUGGAGGUCUCUCUGGCCACUCUCGCCAUGGGGCUCAGCAACAUCACUGUGGUCAGCAUGGCCGAAGCCAAGGACACCCCUCUGGCUGCCCUCCACGCCUUUCUGAGGCUUGAAAAAUUGGGCCACGUCCCCAACUGUCAACUCGUGUCCCAGGACCUGAGCGAGGGGCCGGUGGCCAGACCCCACCUGAGAGACAGGAGGCAGCUGCUGCAACAACUGAGCGACCUGAGCAGGGCCGUGGCCGAGCUGGAGAAGCAGGAGGAGGAGCGGACCCUUUCUGACAUGGUCUUGUGCGACCCCGAGAAGCACAUUUGGCACAUCCCUCGCCUGUGGCACGGAGUGCCCCCCAUGGCCCCCGUGAGCCUGGGCUACUGCGAGGCCGUCUUUGAGCUGAAGAGGUGUCUGCUGGAGAACAUCCGCAAUGGCGUGUGCCACCAACACAGAGACAUCGUCCAGCUGGUGGAACUGGUGGGGCGGCUGUGAAGGCAGAGACCCCUGGAAACGAGAGCUGUUGCCCAACCUGCAGGGAGGGACCUCUCCAAAGCGGAGGGGAAUCCCGACUAGGAGAGGUUUCCCGAGGCGAUGAAGAGUGAAGCUCGAGGUCCUGGAGAGCCGUCUGGACACAGAGCAGCAGCUGGCGCCCAAGCCUGCUUGAGAAGAGCGGUGGGGACGAACGGAGCCGGUUUGCAUCCUCCUAGGACCCGGUUCAGAGAGCGAAGCAGCCAUCGAACCAGCUCCGAGCUCAGAGUGAUUUUUUCCGGAAUACAGAAUUGCCCUAUCAGGAAAGCCUCCAACAUUGCUAAUUUGAAGGCCCUGAACGCCCUAGAAAGGAACACCCAAGCCCCGAUUUCAUUCUCUGGCUUGGUGCCUCGAGGUGUGCCAUUCAAGGCUGCUCCCAGGUUGGCAGGCACUUCCUAAGGGCUAGUUCCCUCCAUUUUGCCUCCUCCUGGAACGGUGUGGUCCUCCCCUAGGACAUCCUUCCUGUCCCAGAUCAUCACAAAGGCCCAGGACAAGGGGUGGGAAUAGAGGGAAUUGUGCAGAGACCCCAAGGGUCCCCUCUCUUCAGGUGAGGGUCAUUCUCUGGUCUGGCCAAGGGGUUCAGCAUGAAUGCCAGGACCUGUAGGAUUGCCACUUUCCUAACUGACAUUUCUGCCAUGGGCCCAUGGGGUACGAAGCACUUUAUUUAUUGACUUCUCUGCUAAUAAUGAGUGAUACCAGGCAGGUUCUUCUCCUUGUUUGUGCCUUAAUUUUCCUAUUUCCCAAAUAAGGACUUGUAUGCCCACCUGAUGUGUUAGGAGGCUGAAUGAGAGUGUGUUUGUAAACUUGGAAUACCUCAGAAAGUCACCAUAAAAACGUCAUGUGUGCGUCACUGCUGUCUGUAGCCAAAGGAGUCCUUCUUUCCCCCAGGAUGUCCCUGGGAUACUCGGGCUGUACCCGGAGUUAUGAAUGGUCAGGGGGAUGGUUUGGCCAGCCAAAAACACUGGAGAAAGAGGAAAUGGGACAAAAAUACCAAGACGUUUGGGGUCAAGUUCCCAAGAUGUGGGUUAAAUUCUAUCAACGUUUGUGAAAGGGACUUAUCAGAAGGUAAAGGAAAUACUUUCCCACUUGAUUCAACACAGGCGUUAAUAAAAACA